GCAUACUUCUGUCUCCAUGGUAGUGGGGCAGGGCAUGAGAGGGAGAAGGGCGGAAUCAACGAGUUCUGCCGAGUCUGUCAAGGUGUGAUUCCUUCAAAAGUUGCCAGGGGGCGCUGCUAGCUGGGAAGUGGAGUGAAUUCGAUUUCGCGCGGCAUUUUUUCUCUCCCGCCCGGAGUCAGUGAGUGAGCGGAGAUGUCAAAGAAAAGGGGGCUGAGUAUUGAAGAGAAGAGAACUCGGAUGAUGGAAAUAUUUUUUGAAUCAAAAGACGUGUUCCAGUUAAAGGAUAUUGAGAAAAUUGCUCCCAAGGAGAAAGGAAUAACUUCCAUGUCAGUGAAGGAUGUCUUGCAGAGUUUAGUCGAUGAUGGUAUGGUGGACACUGAUAGGAUUGGGACUUCGAAUUACUUUUGGGCUUUUCCAAGCAAAGCUCUUCAUGCACGAGAACGUAAAUUGGAAGAACUUAAGAAGCAGUUAGCAGAGUAUACCCAGAAGAAAGAAAGUUUACAGGAAAACAUUGAGAAAUCAAAAAUUGGGCGCCAAAAUACUGCAGAACGUGCUGCACUAACAAAGGAACUUACUGCCCUUCGACAGAAGAAAGACCAACUAAAGUUGGAAAUAGAAACAUACAAAGAAUGUGAUCCAGAUGUUAUUGAAGAAAUCCGACAAGCAAAUAAAGUAGCCAAGGAAGCAGCCAACAGAUGGACUGAUAACAUCUUUUCAGUAAAAUCUUGGGCCAAAAGGAAGUUUGGAUUUGAAGACAGCAAAAUUAACAAAACAUUUGGUAUUCCAGAAGAUUUUGACUACGUUGACUAAAAGUGGUUCGUAAAGAUGGCAAAUAAUACCAUUCAAAUGACUUUGCUUUUAUUGUAGUUUCUUUUCUUUUUUUCUAUUGGAAAAUAAAUCUGGAAGUAUAUUUUCAA